GUUGUAAAUUGAAAAUACGCGCGCGUCAUGGGCAGUUGGUUUUAUGAAGGGUUUAGUUUGCUGGACACCCGGCACAUUAUUUCUUAUCAAAUUUCCUAUCCCCUUGAUAGUUUGGUACGAGAAGUUGUCUUACCCAAAUUUUAUUUUUACUGCCGGCCCAUGUGCCAAGAUAGUAAACCUGAGACUCUCUUUCACAUGUUUGUGAAAUGUAGUUAUUGGAGUAGUUUUAGAAGACAGUUUUUAGCAUCAAUUCUCGAAUGUAUUGCUGCUUUAUUGAUUUUCGAGCCAACUAGUCAUUGCAUGAAUCAAGAAGCUACAGAGGACCAACUAGUAAGCUGUCUGCUCAGUGGCAGACAUGUUCGCUGCAGAGAUACGAACUGUCACCAAUUACUUGAUGAUUAUCUCAAGUUUUGGGUUGGUCGUUGUGCAUCUUCAUCGUUACUUGCAUCUUCUGACUAUUCAAGACAGAUGGAAGACAGUCCAUCUCUGCGGCACCAGGAUGGAUAUUUCUCAGCAUGUGGAAUAAUAUACCCUCAGGUAUUCCUGGGUAAAUUCUUCUUGCCCAUUAAUUGAGCUAUAUUAUGUCUUUGCGCAUGUAAGUGUUAUCUGAUUUGACUACCCCGAGCCCAAGCCCUGAAGGGUAUGGCACAGUCAUUGAAACCACAAGUUGGCAUUGUUUGACUACUUGUUGUGACUGGGGAAUAAUCAUUGCUUGUUUUCUAUUAUUCAUAAUAACUGAAUUUUGUUUGGAAAUAAACAUUUGACUGUUCAUUGCAAAAAAACUUCACUGGUUGGACACUUGGAAUAAACUAUAGUCAGAGAAA